AUGAAGGGAAUCACAGAUCAGAUCGUGGCCGUAGCUUCGGCUUACUGGCCUAGCAUAUGUGCCGUUCUUGCAUUGUUAUAUGUGGCGCGGAACCGCUACCACAAAGGCCUCAGCAAGUACCCCGGACCCUUCCUUGCAUCGAUAACGGACUGGUGGAGGUUCUACGACGUGUACAAACGCCAUCCCGACCAAACACACCGCAGGCUGCACGAACAGCAUGGCUCUGUCGUUCGUCUUGGCCCGAACGUGCUCUCGUUUUCGGAUCCGAAAGCCCUACGAACAAUAUAUGGAUUGAAUAAGGGGUUUAUCAAGUCAGAAUUUUAUGUUGUGCAGCAGUCCGUGGUCAAGGGGCACAGCCUCGCCAGCCUGUUCAGCACUACAGACAAUAGCUUCCACGCACAGUUCCGGCGAUGUGUUAACUCGGCGUUUGCCAUGUCGGCCCUGGUGCAGUACGAACCAUUCGUGGACAACACGACCAAACUCUUUCUCAAGCAGACGGAGAAGCUAUUUGUUGGCAACCCGGCUGGAUGCGACUUCACCCGGUGGCUGCAAUUCUAUGCAUUCGACGUGAUCGGAGAGAUAACGUACAGCAAGCGGCAUGGGUUCAUCGAGAAGAACGAAGACAUAGAGGGGAUUGUCGACUACCUGUCUCGGCUAUUUCUCUAUGUGGCUCCGAUUGGACAGAUACCGUUGCUUGACCGGCUACUGCUGAAGAACCCGAUCUAUCUGAAGCUGUCGCAGUACGGGCUGAUUGACUCGACCUUCCCGGUGGCGCGAUUUGCACGGGCACGGAUGGCCGAACGGCUGCCAGACAUUGUAGAGGGCAGCGGGCCAAUUCUGCCGACAAAGACAGAGAAGAAGAAGCCGACGGUGGACUUGCUCUCCAAAUUUCUGGCGGCCAAGGAGGCGCGGCCGGAGUUCAUGAACGACACGCUGGUGCAGACGAUGGCGGUGUCGAUGGCAUUUGCGGGAUCGGAGACGACGGCGAUCUCGCUGUCGGCGGUGUUCUACUAUCUGCUGCGCAACCCGACAGCACUGCAGCGACUGCGUCAGGAGCUGGACGAGGCGGCACGGAGCGGGCUGUUCAGCGAUUACGAGACAGGGCUGGUGACAUGGCACGAGAGCCAGAAGCUGCCGUAUCUGGACGCAUGUGUGAAGGAAGCGUUUCGGCUGCACCCGGCACCGGGGCUGCCGAUGGAGCGGGUGGUACCUGCGGGAGGCAUGGAGAUCGCUGGUCAUUUUGUCGCGGGCGGCACCAUUGUCGGCUGCUCGGCCUGGGUGAUGCACCACAACAAGGCCGUGUUUGGCGAGGACACGGACGCGUACCGGCCGGAGCGCUGGCUCGUGGACGAGGCGGUGGCAAGCAGCAGCGCGGACGCGCGGGUGGGCGAAGAGCAGCGGAUCAAGGAGAUGAACGGCAUGAUGCUGCAGUUUGGCAUGGGCUCGCGGACAUGCAUUGGCAAGAACAUCAGCCUGUUGGAGAUCUACAAGGUGGUGCCGAGCUUGCUGCGGCGGUUUGAGAUCCAGUUUCUGGACGAGAAGCUGGAGUGGGAGCUGGUCAAUGCCUGGUUCGUGAAGCAGAAGAACUUUUGGAUCACGUUGGCGAUGCGAGAUCUGGUGCAGAAGAGUGAGAACGUGUAA